CGUUCUUUAUGAGCAAGGCAAAGUAUGGAAAGAAAGUUGUGAAGUCUGUUAUAAGUCAUAGGACAUGUGGUACAUGUAACUGGUGGAGACGAAAUAAGCCCGGUCAGCCUGUUAGACCUCACAAGUGUGUACGAAAUCAUACUGGAAGUGCCCGUUUGAUGGAGAGUGUCAGUGGAGAGAGGGGGGUAGCAGAACUUGCAGCAGAAGGAACGCCAGUCGAGUACAUUGAAGGCGAUGGUGAUAACACCCUGAUAGCUAGAUUAAAAAACAACAUGAACAUAGACAUGAAAAAAAGGUACGAUAGAAAUCAUGUGGUAAAAAAUGUAGGCAAACGUUUAUAUGCCUUACACAAUCAAAAGGAUGUUAAGUUAAGUAAGACUGUUAUUAUUCAUAUAGAGAAAUGCUUGAAAUAUGCAUUUGCCAGAAAUCAGGGUGAUAGUGAGGCUUUACGUGAGAAUUUGAAGGCUCUAAUUCCCCACCAGUUUGGAGAUCAUUCAUUGUGCAAUGAGAGGUUUUGUGUAUUCAAACGAAAGCCUGGUGAAGUGUAUAUACACAAAAGUCUACCGUACAAAAGAUCACUGAAGGAUGACACUCUUCGUGAAAAACUUCAGCAAAUAUUUGACCCAUUGGUAGCAAAUGCACGGCAAUAUGCUGAUUUAGGAUCCAGUCAGCAGUGUGAGCAUGCCAACAAAGAAGUCAGCCUCCGAGCACCCAAAUCACACCACUAUGGACAUUCAAAAUCCCUUGACUACAGAGUGCAUGCCACAGCCUCUUAUAUUAAUGACGGUAGACACUAUAUACCAGAGUUGACUGCUGUUCGUUUACUGUUACACAGUUGAUCUUCGGUACUAGGCCACUUUGGUUGCAGUUCUACAGAUGUUAUGACCAAUAUGAACCUUGGAUUGUCACCUGGAAGUCAUACCAUAAAGUACGCAGAUAAAUGUCUCAAGCGACGUCUACAGAAGCAGCAACGCCAACAACUUCCAUCAGUUAAAAGGCGCAGACUUGUUCUGAAACAGGAGCGUUCGAUUAACCAGGGAGCUCUUGAAGCCUUAGAAGGUGUUUCAUAUCAAUCUGAAGUUGGCCAUUCCUCCAGUGUUGAUAUUGAGAAACUUCCAGAUGCUGUCCCGCGUGGCAAUUUCAAACCGUGAAAGUUGAAAUUGGACAACCUACAAUCAUAGCCAUAGACCUGGAAACUACAGACCUGAUACGUGGUUCUGUUAUGCCGCACAUCACACAGCUGGCAGCAGUGGAGGUAAAGUCUGGUGUCCAGUUUGCAGUUUACACAAAACCAAAGAUGGCAGUUACAUCUGAAGCCCAAAGGGUAACUGGAAUAUGUGUUGAUGACAACGGCGAUAUAGUUGUGAAUGGAAAUCUGGUAGAGUCUAUUCAUAUUCAGUCUGCCAUUGAGAAGCUGUGCAGGUGGCUUGACCAGUUUUCCAAUGUGUUUCUCAUUGCUCAUAACGGAAGGAGAUUUGACUUUCCAAUUCUCAUGACAGCUGUACAGAAAACCAAAACCACAGAUGUCUUUUUCAAAUCAGUAUUUGGCUUUGUCGAUAGUUUGUCUGUGUUUAGAAAGAAGUACCCUGGAGAGUCAUUAAAACAGGAAGACCUUGCACGACAACAUCUUGGUAUGACAUACAAUGCCCACAAUGCAGAGGCUGAUGUUGAGGCUCUUGGACAUCUUCUAAAACUAUGUGAAGUGUCUGAUCUCCUAAACUUCAGUUUUUCUCCUGUGGCUGUGAAAAAUUCUUUACUGUUCAAUUGUGAAAAAUCGAAAAAUCUGCGCUCCUUUGAUCCAUUAAUAAGCAAGGGGAUAUGCAAACGUCCUACAGCAGAAAACAUUGCUGGCUCUGGUUUGAGUGUUGAACAUCUGAAAUUUAUAUUUAGGCGCUCAGGUGAAGAUGGACUUAGAAAUACAUUUACAGCUGUAAACUGUGAUGGCUUACCGAGAGUAACAAACUCAAAAAAAGUUCUAGAGGAAACUGUUCCCAAGUUUUGUCAGUAUUUUUCAUCAAAUGUACCUUCAUAGACAUAGGUACUUGUAUGAAUAAUCUGUGAUUCAGAAAGUACAUUAACUGAAUCAUCAUUGAUGACAUGCUGAUUAGUAUAUUUGUGAAGUAUUUGCAUUUUGAUUAUGAUUUUUACUUGGUGUAUAAAAACCAAGAUUUAGUCUUUUAUGGAAAACAAACAUAUGCUGCCAAAUAUGUAAUUUUCUUGCAUACAAGACCAAGAUUUCCGGUAUUUUUGCUGGUGAUGGAAAUUCUAUCCUGCACCUCGGGGUGUCAGACGACUGUUGUGCUAUGAUUGAUGUAUAUUUCUCAAUUCAAGAAACACUGUUUUAUCAAAAAAUACAGAAAGUUAGGCAGAAACUGAUAAAAUAAAACUGGAACUAGA